AUGGUCGUGGCGGCGAGGCGCGGGCGUGGCGGAGCUGGCAAUUUCUUCCUCGUCCUUGAUCUUCUCGUAGAUUUCGUCGUCACCGUGCAGUCUGGACGAUUGCGGGCGUUUUCAGGCAAACUACGGGGCUGCGAAGAAGCCGAUCAGCACGGCGAAGUCGCCGACGUCGCCGCCGUCCUCGUCGUCGUCGUCGGCCUUCUCCUUCUUGAUGGCGCGGCCGCCACUGCUGGACCCCUGCCCGCCGUCUCCAUGGUGGACAGGCGGUGGCGGCGCAUCGUCGUCGUCGUCGCUGCCGUCGAGGACGACGAUGCCUCCCUCGUCCCGGCCACGGCGGCGAGCUUCGAACCGUGCGAAGGCGGCGCACUGGCGCUCCCUCUCCAAGUGCACCCAGUCGUCGCGCGCCCAUUUGAGGGCCGCUUCAUCGUCGAGCGCCUCCUCCUUGACGGGCUCCGUCUUCACGACGGGGAGCCCCGGCUCCGACUUGAUGGCGGCGAGGCCCGGCUCCGUCUUGGGCUUGACAAAACACGGAGGAGCCGAGGAGGUGGCACGCCGGCCGCCCUCGUUGAUGACGAUGCCGGCGCUGCGGGUGCGCCAGCCGAGCGGCGUCUCCGCGGCGGGCUCUGCCUUGACGCCGAAGAGCGCCGGCGAGCCGGAAGAGUGGGAGGAGGAGUGGGAGGAGGAGGAGGCGGCGAAUCUCCUGGGCACCCACGGCCCGGUGCUCCGGCGAGGGGCCGGCACGGCCACCGUGGCUGGGUAUGCCAGCGGCGGGUUAUUGCCGCCCUCGAGGUGCACGGCAAAAACGCCUGGGAAGGGACUCUUGGGCCGCGGCUGGAGAUGCUCUUACUUCUCUUGUUCCAUCCCUCUUUCUCAUCCCUGUGCUUCCACCGAUAUUCAGCUCUGGAUGUGAAGCCUCCAAAGUCACUGGCGCCCCCCGUUCCCCCGGAGUCGUCGGCGCACGCCCUGGCCAUGGCGCGGUCGCGGCAAACCUUGAGCUGGAUCCGCUCCUCGUACAGCUUGCACGCCAGCGUCCACUUGUACUCCUUCCCCUUGGAGGGCGACCCCUCGCCGGCGCCGUCGACCAGGUUCUCCGACGAGGUCCGCGUGUGCACGCGCCGCGCGAUGGACGUCGACAUCAAGGGUCUCUCCCUCCCGUCCACGUCGUCGACCUCCGGCUUUUCCUGCGGCUCUGACGCAGGCUGCUGCACAUCCUCUUGGUGGUCUUGUCCGUCAGCUUGCAGGUCUUCGCUGCAUUAUUCGGCCACCUUCGACUCCACCAAUGCUUUCGGUCAGAUUCUUCUCGAGGAAGACGAACAUGGCAACACUCCAAUCUCUUUUCCUCAACCGCAUGUCCGCAUCAGUACUGAAUGUGAUGCCAAGUCCCUGAAACACCGUUCCAGACCACCAGAUCCGGAGUGCCGCCGCUGGAUCCUGUCCCAAUCACGCCUGCAGUCAAGAACCGGGACAGCGUCGUGCGCCCUUCCCCGUCUCCAACGCUCCAGUGCCCACGCCGUCGAUGCUGUCGUCAUUUCAGCAUCAUUCGAAUGUGUGUGGAUUUGGUCACUUCAUUGCCUUCCCAUCGUGUUUAUCGUGUUGGGUUAACAACAGAGUGUGCGUGCGUGAUGGCUGGAUGUACCAUGUACGGGCAGAAACUCUGUUGAGGGGACCGCGAGUUGAAUACUAAACAAUGCAAGGUCUUUUCUGUAAAA